AUGUCUUACCAGCUCCAAGAGGAUAUCAACACUCAGGGCAUUCUACAGGCCGAAAUCCUACCAGGUGCCAGUGAAAGAUUAGACGAGCUCAAGGACGACUUUACUCAGGUGUACCAUAUUCUCUCCGAUGUCAAACGAGAGAUUCUGACGCAAAUCCCCAAAUGGGCUGUCCAAUAUGUCCAGGAAUGUACAAUAGUGCCCCGACUUGGAUUUCUCAUUGUAGUGGCCCUAAACCCUGAAACUGGAGAAGGUGCUUUCAAUGGAACGGGGCUUGCCGACGACGAGUGGCAUCAGGUGGUGAAGGAUGAACAGCGGGCUUACUACAAGAACAGGACGAUGGUUGAACUGGACGACAUGUACGGUGAUUUAACUGAGGAGAUUGCCGAUGAGGAAGUCGAGGUAAUAGUGGAGCUGGCGGGGGCUGUUUCAGAGCAUGAAGAUGCACUGAUUCGCGCCUUGGAACUACUGGGGGAGCUCGACAGUCUGCUUGCGUUGGCUUUCGCUGCAGAGAAGUACAAUUGGGCUCCACCAAAAAUGACAUCCGAGAAUAUCAUUGACAUUGAGGGCGGACGUCACCCACUUCAGGAGCUUCUCGUACCGUCCUUUAUCCCCAAUGACUGCAUACUUAGAGGUGGUUGCGCAUCGGAGAAUGGCAAUGAAAUUGACUUUGUAGGUGUCAGAGACGAACCCAAAGAGCCAUCGGCCUUGGUCUUGACGGGCCCAAACAACUCCGGAAAGAGCAUCUACAUGAAACAGGUUGCCCUAAUCAUCUAUUUGGCACACAUUGGAAGCUACGUGCCAGUCACGCGUGCGACAAUUGGAGUGACUGAUCGAAUUUUCACCCGGGUUGCCACCCGAGAAACCGCCAUGGACGAUGAAAGCGCUUUCAUGACCGAUCUCAAACAAGCAGCCUUCUCCAUCAAUUUCGCAACCCGGCGAAGCCUCAUACUCGCGGACGAGUUUGGAAAAGGUACCACAAUGGAGGCCGGUGCGGCGGUCUUCACGGCCUAUCUGCACCAUUUCUUGGAGCUGGAUGCGGAUCGACCCCGGAUGCUCGUGAGCACACACUUUCACGAUGUGUUCAAUAGAGGAUUUCUAAAACCUGAAGAAGGUGUUGCGUAUGCUCACAUGGAAGUUCGACUGAACCCAGAGGCGGAAGAGAGGGAAGAGCAUAUCACGUAUUUGUACCGUCUCGUUCACGGACGGGCUGAACACAGCCUGGGACUAAUGUGUGCGGCGAUUAAUCAUAUUGAGGAUGAUGUGUUGAAGAGAGCAGGAGAUAUUUUGGGCAUGCUGGAAAGAGACGAAGAUAUUGAGGCGGUGUUUGCGAGUCCCAGUCAUGAGGAUAUUGAGGCAUUAAAAGCUGCGGAGCUUGUUGCCAGGCGGUUUCUUGCUACGGAUAUACCACUUGGAGGGAGAGAUACCUCGAGCGGAGUUUGUUCAAUUCGUGAUAUUCUGAGGGGCUUUUUGUCAUACAAAGAGGACGGGGGAGAUGUAGGUGACGUCGAUUCUGAA